AUGUUCGGCGAUAAAAGCGAGAAAGCCACUCCUCUAUACUCAGGGGGUGAUCCUGUAGCCGACGUUCCUCCUUCCUACUCUGAAGGAGUCCCGACUUCAAGUGAUGGCCUCAUCCCCGCCGGGACCCUCCUCCUCGCCGGAACAACCAUUUUUAAUACCGCCUCAGCGUCAUCGCCGCCAUUAUACGAACUCACUUACCCCAUCGGACACCUGCGGGAGUCCAAUACAUCAGUUUCGUUUUACCGCUACGAGAAUAGUGUACGGGACUCUUCUGGAGCAUCGGGUCCUCAGGUAGCAUCACGAAAGAAGCACAUCUUCGACCUAAAGCGAGACCCAACAGUCACUGAGCCCCCCUUCCCAUACCACUUAAACUCGGUCUCUCGCGGAAACGUUGGACAUGUUGGUAUUAAAACACACCGACGCUUGGGUGGAUCGGGUUACCGCGCCUGGAGGGCGACAAGGGCGAGAGAAGGGGCCGAUCUUGAAGCCAAGGAGAUGCUCUUCAACAUCAAGACGCGGGGCAGCGGACGGCAAGAAUGGCGCGAUGGGAGCGACAAGACGGUUCUCGCGCAUGAGACGAGCGAGGAGGGGAUCCACAAGCUACAGAUCGUCGUCCCAUUGACCCAAGAUAUUAGAGAUGGGUUGGUCGCGACGUGGUGUUUGCGACUUUGGUGGGAGAUUGCCCUGUCCAAGGUCGAGCCUUUCAGCUGGAGCGAAGUGUCACCCCAUCUUCCUGCGGCUUUCACCUCAAAUGCGACUUGGGUGCCCGAGAGCCAAGAGCCGAGCGACGUUAUCGACAGUGACGCCCAUGCCUGCCAUCUCUGUGAACAAGUUGAGAGUGUGAUGGUUCAACAUAUCAAACACCACAAGAUGCGCUUCCAAUUAGCUGUGGCAGCCAUUGCGCGAAUCCCUGGCGCCGUGGCGGAUUCCCACGACUACUGUGCUUGCCAGCAAUGGUCCAACAGCCCCGUGGACCACGCCGCGACGGCGAAGGUUGCCGCGAAGCCUUGCUAUGGCUACGUUUGGGGUCCAUCUGAGCAUCCGACGAGUUCUAAAAUAGAUUGGUUCGCACACAGCCCUGGGCCUCGUAAGGAUGAACAAUACCACCAGCUUCAAAAUAUGACUAAGAAGUGGAAGAUCGAUGGAGACGACUUCAACAGACGGUGCCGUGAUGCGGGAGCGAAGGAUAGCACGUGCUUCUCGUGCUCAAGCCUUCAGGUGAAUGGCGAUGGAAGAGUGCAGUGCUACAGCGGUUAG